CAUGAUCGUGCAAUUAAUAACACUAUUAUGGUAUUUAAGAAAUAACUUCUCGUGGAGUCCGCUUCUUCAAUAGAAUUCCCGGCUAGAUUUAUAACAUUCAAAAAUGUUUACUUACGAUGUUUUUAUAACAUGUUUAGUUGCAACCUGUUGCGUAACAACGGCGCAGGACCUUCCUUUUCCCUUUUCCAUUGUUACUGGUCUGUUACAGUCAGUUGGACGAGCAACAGGACUCGAAAAACCUCCGGAAACUAUCAAUGUGACUAUUGUCGAUACGAACGUGAAUAAAAAUACGAACACGAACGAAAACAAGAAUACUCAGACCCAACUAAACAGCCAGCAACAAGCAACAGCAGCUCCGACACCGGGAACACCUGCAACAGCUACUCCAGCUACUCCAGCUGCUCAAGCUUCUCCUGCUGCUCAAACUACACCAGCUGCUCAAGUUACUCCAGCUGCUCAAGCUACUCCAGCUGCUCAAGCUUCUUCAGCUGCUCAAGCUACUUCAGCUGCUCAAGCUUCUCCAGUUGCUCAAGCUACUCCAGUCAAUCCAUUUUCCCCAAUAAUAACACCAUGAAAUGGUUGAACUACCCUCCAAAAUACCUAAAUAAAUAUACCAGCUGCAUCAUUCCUCAUGUAAAAAAUGUACUUACAAAGGUGCUUUGUUUAUUCUU